AUGCACUUCUACAGUAAUCUAAUAUUCCUGUUAUAUUUAUUACCAUACAAUGUGCUACCGGUAUCGACUCCACGACAAUUGCCAUUGCAAGUCGACUCUCCCCCAUCGAUCUCGACGCGAACACGCUCACAACCGUUAUCCGCAUCGGUGAACAGUGCUUCGACCGUAUGCGGGGAGAAUGACUUUCGUUGCAAUGAUGGGAAGUGCAUCAGAGCAGAAUGGAGGUGUGACGGAUCCGGUGAUUGUUCGGACGGGGAGGACGAGAAAGACUGCCCUCAUCCCGGAUGUAAGGCUGAUCAAUGGCAAUGCGAUAAAUACGAAUGGCAUAGUGUCUCGUGUAUCGCUGAAUACCAACGAUGUGACAACAUUACCGAUUGCGCGGAUGGAUCUGAUGAGAAGGAUUGCCCAGCCAACCCUGUAGACUGCGAUAAUCACGACGGAAGUGUGUUCAUGUGUGCAGAUGGACGUCAAUGCUUCGAUGUCUCCAAGAAAUGCGACGGGAAAUACGACUGCCGUGAUUUGAGUGAUGAAAAGGAUUCAUGCUCUCGAAAUCACACAGCCUGCUUCCAAUACCAAUUCCGAUGUGCCGACCAAUCACAAUGCGUCCAGAAAUCAUGGGUUUGCGAUGGAUCUAAGGAUUGCGCGGAUGGGUCGGACGAACCCGAUACGUGCGAGUUCAAACAAUGCUCUGCUAGCGAGUUUCAAUGCAAAAACAAGAGAUGCCAACCGAGGAAAUUUAAGUGCGACUACUACGAUGACUGCGGUGAUAAUUCGGACGAAGAGGACUGUGGCGAGUACCGCUGCCCACCUGGAAAGUGGCACUGCAAUGGAACGGGACAUUGCAUCGACGAGUUGCGUCUCUGUGAUGGUGUCAAGGAUUGCGCUGAUGGCGCCGACGAGGAGCACUGCUCCCAGAAUCUCUGCCCUUCCCUAGGAUGCCAAGCAGGCUGCCAUGCUUCACCGCAUGGAGGGGUCUGCACAUGUCCAAAUGGGUAUAGGCUGGAUGAGAGGUUCCACAGGACUUGUUCAGACAUCAACGAGUGCGCUGAAUUCGGCUAUUGCGACCAGCUGUGCGCCAAUCACCGCCCCGGCUUCACAUGUUCCUGCAUCGGAGAAUGCUACACAUUGAUGAUGCUUCACGGGCCCGGUCAAGAUAAUCUCACAACGCGAGGCUACUGUGUGUCCCAGAAUGCUGAGAAGAUGAAGCUGUUCGUGGCACGAAGAGAGGGGCUUUACAAGCUUGAUCCUACUGGACCUAACACUGAGCCUAAACGAUUGGCUUCCGGGGAAUUUAUUUAUGGCAUCGAUUUUGAUUACGGAGAUCGCAAAGUAGGAUGUGAUAAAUAUUCUCUCUUGAAAACUUCAGCUUUCUCAAUUCGUCUUCAGUCCUCUCAGAAACUAGGUCUGAAAUCAUUGGUAUAUCCCCGAUCUCUGGCGGUGGAUUGGAUUACCAACACGCUGUACAUAAUCGAAUCUGGAUCACGAAGAAUCGACGUCUCUUCCUACGACGGUGACCGUCGCACGGUCCUUCUCGCCGAUGGCCUCACCCUGCCCCUGGAUAUCGCUUUGGAUCCACUGAGAGGGGAAAUGUUCUUCACGAAUCAGUUCAAAGUCGAGGGUGCUGCCAUGGAUGGAUCGAGACGGCGUACUCUUAUUAACACUCACACUCAUCAGGUCUCUGGAAUCGUUGUGGAUAUUCCGGCAAGACGAGUCUACUGGGUAGAUCCGAAAGUGGACAGAGUGGAGAGUAUGGAUUAUCAGGGUAACGACCGUCGUAUCGUUUCUCAAGGCAUGAACAAUGUCCCCCAUCCAUUCGGAUUAGCCCUUUUCGAUCAAUACUUGUACUGGUCAGAUUGGACUCGCCUCGGUGUGGUAAAAAUCGAGAAAUUCGGUUCUCCAUCAGAGAUUAUUUGGUCCAAUAAGGAAAACAAUGUGUUCCCUAUGGGUAUUUCCGCCUAUCAUCCUAUGGCUCAGCCAGGGCCAGGCCAAAGUGACUGCCUAGCACAAAAAAUCGAAAAUCCAUGUGCAACAGCUGAUUGUGAGGGAAUGUGUGUGUUGUCAAAGGAUGCCGGUGGCUUUGGAGUCGGCUAUAGAUGUACCUGUCCCAUUGGCCAGAAACUCGUAGAAGGUAAAAAGUGUGUUGAUUCUAUCGAUUAUCUUCUAUUCUCGAGCAACAAAAUCGUGCGGGGAAUCUUUCCUGACCAGGUUCAAAACUCGCUUUCUGAGGCGAUACUCCCUAUUUCGCCGAUAUCCCAACGAAGAAUUGGCAUGUACUUUGAGGUGGAGUGUGAUGUUCAUGGAAAUAGCUUCUUUUAUGCUGAUAUAAUGGAUAAUACGGUAUAUCGCAUUCGCCCUGAUGGUGAAGGAGCUGCCCCAGUUCUUGUGACCCACAAUGAUGGCUUAGUCUCCAUGUCAUUCGAUUGGAUCAGCAAACAACUCUACUACAUCGACAAUAUUAGAAAUAGCCUUGAGGUGGUGAAGAUCUCGGACACCGGACUCGUUCAUCCGGAUCAACUAACUCACCGGCAACUGUUGAAAAACCUUCGAGAUCCUGUAUCAGUGGUCAUACAUCCAUGGAAAGGUUAUAUGUUCUAUGCAGAGGCGCAGAGACCGGCUAAGAUCUACAGAUGUCAUAUGGACGGCACAAACUGUGUGAUGAUCCGUAACACUACUCUUGGGAGACCGUCAGAGAUGGCAAUCGAUUUCGAACAGGAUCGAUUAUGCUGGGGAGAUACGCUCCUAAAAAUGAUUAGUUGCAUGAAUUUUGAUGGAUCCAAGGUUGCUGUUCUACCUGUCGAUAAUCCUAUCCCCGUGGCGCUUGCUGUUAUGGGAGACCAUCUCUACUACGUGCAUCAGCGCCCGUAUUCAAUCCGCCGCAUCAGCAAACGUAACGGUGGUACUGGGCGAGUUAUCCGUGAAUUUUCUGGAGAGGAGAGAAGUAUAUUUAGUCUGAAAGCUUGCACCCGAUCGAACCAACCAAUUCCGGAGGACUCACAAGAUCAUCCGUGUCACGCCUCGAACUGUGCACAGCUCUGUUUCGCCGUCCCGAACAACUCGUCCUCAAACGACGCACCAGCUUUGGUGGCUCAGUGUGCUUGUCGACAGGGAUUCAAGAUCAAUCCGGAAACUGGUCACACUUGUCAAAAAGAUAGCACUGAACAAGUCGAACCACUUUGCACUUCGAAUGCGACACAAUUCCAGUGCAAAAACGGACGUUGCAUACCAAGAGAAUGGAAAUGUGACGGCGAAGACGACUGCUUGGAUGGCUCGGAUGAAGUGGAUGCGGCUGGUAACAAGUGCUACCAUGAGACGGACUGCCCAGAAAACACAAUCCGCUGCAAAAACACCAAGAAAUGCAUCCCGUCACAGUACGGAUGUGAUGGCGACAACGACUGCGGUGACUACUCUGACGAGGAUGCGCAGUACUGUAAAGAUGGCCAGAAACCUGUAUGCUCAGCGAAGAAGUUCCAGUGCGACAAUCACAGAUGCAUCCCAGAACAAUGGAAAUGCGAUUCGGACAACGACUGCGGCGAUGGUUCCGAUGAAAAGCUUGAAUUCUGUGCGAAUUCUACGUGUGCUGUUAACCAGUUCUCGUGUGCAAAUGGGCGCUGCAUACCGAUUUACUGGCUUUGUGACGGCGAUAAUGACUGUUAUGAUGGCACUGAUGAGGACAAAGAGAGAUGCCCACCGAUGCAGUGCAGAAGCGAUCAGUUUAGAUGUGCUAGUGGACGUCAAUGUGUUGCGCUACGUAAUCACUGUGAUGGCCAAAGUGAUUGCGAAGAUGGCUCCGAUGAGGAUAGUUGCCUGAUACAGCCUAACAGCUGCACUUCUGAUCAUUUCCAAUGCAAAUCUAGCGGUCUUUGUAUACCUGCUUCGUGGAAGUGUGACGGACAGAGGGAUUGCGAUGACGGAUCCGAUGAGCCAGCGUUUGGAUGCAGCGCAAACACGUGCAAGGAGGAUCACUUCAGGUGUAACAACGGACGGUGCAUUCUUAAUUCGUGGUUAUGCGAUGGCGAGAAUGACUGCGGCGAUGGCUCAGACGAGUCUGCUGAGCAUGGAUGCAAGAGAUCGCAACCAGCAAAACGAUGUCCGUUUGAGCACGUAGCAUGCGAAGACGCACCUGAAACCUGCAUACCAAUUCAUGAGCUUUGUGAUGGGAAGGAGCAAUGUCCAGGUGGUAGCGAUGAAGGUGGAAGAUGCGCACGGGAUCUGUGCUCAGCUGAUCGCGCGGGUUGUGACUACAAAUGCCAUAAUAGCCCGAAUGGGCCGUUGUGCAGUUGUCCAUACGGAGAACAGCUAGUGAAUAAGACCAAAUGUGAGCCUGAAAAUGAAUGUUUGGAUGCUAGUUCAUGUUCACAAAGAUGCACAGAUGAGAAGCAUGGCUUUAGUUGCAGUUGUGAAGACGGUUACACCCUUGAUGCUGACAAGAGGACGUGUAAAGUUACUGAUGGCAGUCAAGAUAUGCGUGUCUAUAUUUCAAAUCGUAACAGGAUUUACUGGAGCGACAACCACCUGGACAAUUGGCGAACUUUUGCUGCGGCAGUAGAAAAUGCCAUAGCUAUUGCUUGGGACAGCGUGACGGAUAGGAUAUAUUGGUCCGAUAUCCGUGAAAAGAAAAUCUUCUCCGCCACCAGAAAUGGAACCAACGUCACUACAUUCGUUGGCGACGGUCUCGAUAUUACCGAAGGAAUCGCUCUCGAUUGGGUUGGAAGAAACUUGUAUUGGGUGGAUUCGAGCCUUAACACCAUUGAGGUUGCAAAUCUUGAAAAUCCAUCAGCUCGCGCUUUGUUGGUGCACGAGAAUAUUAGUCAACCUCGCGGUAUUGCUGUUGACCCAAGAAAAGGAUUAAUGUUUUGGACAGAUUGGGGGCAGAAUCCUCACAUCGAAAGAGCAAAUAUGGACGGUACGGAUCGUAAGAUUAUCGUGAGCACCAAGAUCUACUGGCCGAAUACAAUAGCUUUGGAUCUAACUACUGAUCGAGUGUACUUCGCAGAUUCCAAACUGGAUUACAUCGAUUUUGUCAACUACGACGGAACUGGACGUACACAGGUCUUAUCAUCCUCCAAAUUUGUCCAGCACCCCCAUGCGUUAGCGAUUUUCGAAGACUAUAUGUACUAUUCGGAUCGUCGCCUGCAACGGUUACAAGUCUAUCCUAAAUACGCGAAUGGAACAACUGGAGAUUAUCCAAGCCACACAUUUAGCAAGGCUCUUGGAGUAGCUGCAGUUCAUCCAGUUCUCCAACCCAAAGUAGAUAAUAAUCCAUGCGGACACAAUCCAUGUUCGCACAUUUGCUUGCUCUCUUCUAAGGGUUUCUCGUGUGGAUGUCCUAUGGGCAAGCGGCUGGAUGCUUCUGGAAGAAACUGCGUUGUCGAUCAAAAACCGUUCCUGUUGUUAAUCCAAAAGACCAAUGUAUUCGGCGUGGAAAUGACACAGAGAGGAAACAGCACGCCGUCGCUAUCCGGAAUGAUCCCGUUGGCUGGACUAGCAAAUGCUUUCGAUGCUGGUUAUGAUGCUGAUUCGGGAGACCUGUUCGUUCUGGAGCACACUAACAUUGCUCGAACACUCACACAAGUGUCCACAGAUGCAGCCAUCUACAAGUCAUCGGUCAACGCUGGAAACAAGACCCAACUGUACUCUUCGCAAAUUCCCGACGAUCCUUACUGUAUGGCAUUUGACUGGAAUGGUCGUAAUCUUUACGUGGGAAACAAGAUCUCACAAACAAUUGAAGUGGUGCGCACGAUGGGAACUCAGUAUCGCGCAGUAGUACUAUCGAACGAUCAGACACCGACAGCAGUUGUGACACCAGUUUCUAUUGCGGUGGAUUCUGACAGAGGAUUGUUGUUUUGGCUGGACAGAGGAGGUGGUGCUGCUGACGUCAAAGUAGCUCGAGCUAAUCUGGAUGGAACAAAUGUCUUGGUAAUUGCUAGCAAUGACCUGUCCGAGUUGGAUCAUAUCGCUCUUGAUAUCACCAAUCAGCGAGUGUAUUUUAGCGAAGCAAAGGCUGGACGAAUCACAUCAGUUACUUAUGAUGGUCAAGAUCGUCAUUAUGUCUUGAACGAUCCUGGAAAACAACCAAAUGGCGUAGCUUUCUUCAGCGACAGAUUAUUCUAUUCUGACUCCGCCUUCGACUCGAUUGACGUGGCGACCAUUGUAGGCGAUGGACAGCCACCGCAAUUCAUCCAUUUCAAAAGAGAUGUGGAGAACCUAGUAAACAUCAAAGUGUUGCAACCUAGAGCAUCAUCAGUCAGCCAUCCAUGCCGAACGGAUAAUGGCAAUUGCAAACACAUAUGUGUACCGCAACAGUUCAGUCAACAUACUUGCAUCUGCGCUACAGGAUACGCAAAGGAUGGCCCAACAAGCUGUAAACUUUUUGAUGAGUCGUUUGUAAUGAUUGCGACAAAAAACAAAGUAGUUGCGUAUCCACUGGAUGAAACUCAUCAGAAAGGUGUAGCAAUGGACCCCAUCGGUGGACUAUCGAUUACAUCUAUUGACUUCGAAUUUGAAAGUCGGUCCAUCUUCGUGGCUGAAGCGUCUGGCAUCAAUAAGGGUAUCACAGGCUACACAAUUGGCGAAUCAGCGCCACGUCCGAUUGUCCGUGAUACAUUUGGGUCGAUGACGAUUCGCAGUAUCGCUGUCGACUGGAUCAAUUUCAACUUAUACUUUAUUAACCAAGAUUCUGAAAGAACAAAUAUUGAAGUUUGCAAACUAGACGGACAGUACAGAAAGAUUCUAUUCACAACUAAGACGGAAACGCCAAGCUCAAUUGCUGUUGAUCCAAUUGGCCGAUACAUUUAUUGGGCGGAUCAAGGGCAGAAGCCUAGCAUUCAGCGCGCAUUCCUGGAUGGGACCCGCCGAGAGCUUGUAGUUGGCGCUGAACAUGUCGCAGAACCUACGGAUGUUAUUGUCGAUCCAUCCAGCCGUAUGGUGUACUGGGCGGAUGCAAAGAAGGAUGGUAUUUAUAGGAUUCGUCCUAGCGGUGGAGCGCCAGAAUUAGUGAGACCAGAUAUUGCCUCUGCAGCGGGUAUAUCGCUGAUUGGCCAACAGAUGUAUUGGACCGACAACAGGCUCGAGAAGGUGUUCCGAGCAUCAAGUAAACCAAACCAGACUUCGUUGCUCUUGUCACCAACCACGGUAGCAGCUGCUCUCAAAGACCUCGGCGAUGUUGUGGUGUUCGCCUCAGAUAAUCAGCCAAAAGGAUCAUCACCUUGCCAAAUUACAGAUAAUCUUAGAAAGAGUCCAUGUCCACAAUUGUGCUUCUCCUCUCCAGGCACUCAGAGUCCAAGUUGCGCAUGUGCUAGAGGUGUCUUGAAAGGAAGAAUCUGUGAAGAACCUGAUACAUAUCUGAUGUUUGCCGAUGGCGACAAAAUAAUUGACACCUCGAUUGAACCGGACAUCAAGGCUAGCAGACCGCUCAAAGAUCCAUUCCCAGCGAUCGAUAACCUACAAGUAUUCGAUGUAGAUGUUAAUCUAAGACGUAUAUACUACGUGACGGAAUCACCUAUAGGAGUGAAUAUCAGUUGGUUCAGCAUGAACAACGCAGAGAACCCAAGAAUGAUCCUGGGUGGAGCAAAGCAAAAACAUGCCACCGAAAUACGCCACAUUUCCGACAUGAAACUCGACUGGAUCACGCAGAAAGUAUAUUUCACCACUGGCCGUGCCGGUAAAGUGAUGGCAAUCGAUUCACAAGGAGAACACCUAAGCACUAUCGCUACCGGUGAUUGGACAUACGCCUUAGCUUUGGAUCCAUGUAGCGCCUUGAUAUUCUGGAGUGACAGCGGGUACAAGACAUCAGGAGGACUCUAUGAACCACGAAUUGAGCGGUCAAAUAUGGCUGGUGGGAACAGAAAAGUCAUUGUUAGUGAGAGCGUUUCUUUGCCAGCUGCUAUCGCGGUGGAUUUCAGAGAAACGAGAAUCUAUUGGGCGGACGUAAAUCGUUUGAACAUAGAGAGUAGUGACUAUGAUGGAGGUAAUAGGAAGGUGAUUGGAGUCGGUUAUCGUGCUAAAUCGCUGGAUCUUUGGGACAAUUGGCUGUACAUGACUGAUCCAUUAAGCAAUGGAGUAUUCAGACUUAACAAGGAUUCUGGCGGUAGCAUCGAAACAGUGGUUGGAGAUCGUCGUGUGCCUGGAACUCUCAGGGUGUUCGCAUCGGAAAGUGACGUCAGAACCAGGAACCAAAUCUGCAAUGCUAUUACGUCGUCAUUGUGUAAGACUGACAAUGGAGGAUGUGAUCAGAUCUGUAACGUGGUUGCUGAUGAGGUCGGUCUUGCUGCCAGCCGGGUUCAGUGUUCAUGCAAUGACACCUAUGAAUUAGUACAAGAACCAGGAAAGGACAUUCCAACUCAAUGUAUCCUGCGGAUCGGCUCGGACUCUUCAAUGCCUAAGGACUGUCAGCCUCCUUACAACUUCCAGUGUGGUGAUGGCUCUUGUGUGUCACUUGGGGUCACAUGUAAUGGGAAACCGGACUGCACAGACGCUUCAGAUGAAAACCCCAACUAUUGCAACACACGCUCUUGUCCUGAGAACUACUUUCUCUGCACAAAUAGAAGAUGUAUCGAUGAUGUUAAACGCUGCAACCAUAUUGACGACUGCGGGGACGCUUCAGAUGAAUUGGACUGCGCCGCUUCAGUCACAUGCGCUUCGGGAUCGUUCGCUUGCGGAAAUGGGCAUUGUAUUAACCAAACUAAGGUAUGUGACGGCCACAAUGACUGCCAUGAUGAAGGUGUCUCUGAUGAAUCUAAGGAAACUUGUCCUGGUCUGCCAAUAGAUUGUCGUGGUGUUAAGAUACGUUGUCCCAAUACAAACAUCUGUAUUCAACCAGCUGAUCUUUGCGAUGGGUACGAUGACUGUGGUGACAAAGCUGACGAAAACAAGUUGUUCUGCAUGAAUCAGCAAUGCGCCCAACACUAUGUGCGUUGUCCUUCUGGGAGGUGCAUACCAGAAACAUGGCAAUGUGACGGUGACAAUGACUGCUCGGAUGGUUGGGAUGAGACGCACACAAAUUGCACAGAUCCUACUGGAAAACGUAUUUGUGUGGGAGAGUAUUUGUUCCAGUGCGACAAUGGCAAAUGCAUCUCCCGCGCUUUCAUCUGCGAUGGCGAAGAUGACUGUGGAGAUAGUUCCGACGAACACACGAGGCACAGCUGCGGUAAUCGCACAUGUACUGACCAGGAAUUCCAUUGUAUUUCAAAUGCACGACUCGCGCAACCGAAGUAUGAGUGUAUCCCGAAAGCCUGGCUUUGCGACGGUGAUGUCACUUGCGCAGGAGGUGAAGAUGAAGCGGCUGAUCUGUGCAAAACGGAAAAGAAGGAAUGCAACAAGGGUGAAUUCCGCUGUCAGAAUCAACACUGUAUUCAUCAAAGUUGGGAAUGUGAUGGUGACAAUGACUGUCUGGAUGGCUCUGAUGAACACGCUAACUGCACCUACUCGUCCUGUCAAGCAGAGUUCUGGCAAUGUGCCAAUCAUAAAUGUAUUCCUAAUUCAUGGCGCUGCGAUGGAAAUGAUGAUUGCGAUGAUGGCUCUGAUGAGAAAGAAUGCGCUCAGUCUCAAAAGGAAAUGGGUACAGGUCAUGCCCUCUGUCCGAAAGGCCAAUAUCAGUGCCUCUCAGGACAAUGCAUCGACGAGAAAAAAGUUUGCGACCGCAACUACGACUGUCCCGACCGAAGUGAUGAAAGCACACAAUGCUUCAUUGAUGAGUGUGCUCAAGCAGACAAACCACUCUGUGAACAGAAAUGCGUAGAUUUACCUAUCGGCUAUCGCUGCGACUGUUUCGAAGGAUUUGCGAUCGACAUGGAUGACAAGAAGAGCUGUCAUAAUGUCAAUGAAUGUUACGAAGGCAUUUCUGGAUGUAGUCAAACUUGCGAGGAUAAAAUUGGGUCUUACAAGUGUGGUUGUGUGGAUGGUUACCAACUAAGCAGGGACGAUCAUAGUUGUAAGAGGACCCAAGCAGAACCUGAACCUUGGCUUAUGCUUGCCAAUAAGCACUACAUUCGUAAGAUAUCCAUCGAUGGGAACAAGUACGAGAUGGCAGCGCAAGGAUUUGAUAAUGUGGUGUCCCUCGAUGUUGAUCUCACUGAAAAUAAGGUGUAUCUUGUUGAUCAAGGAAAACUGAGAUUGCUCCGUGUUGAUAUCGAAGAGAUGGAUGAUCCGGUGUCCGGGUAUGAAACUGUUCUGAGGCAUAACAUUUUCGGCAUUGAAGGAUUUGCCAUUGACUGGGUCGGCCGUAAGAUCUACAUGUUGAACCGCCAAGAGAAAUCAAUUCGUGUAUGUGAACUAGACGGCCGUUUCUGCAAGACCCUGAUUAGGGAUAGGAUUUCGCAGCCGAAAGCUAUCGUUGUCCAUCCUGGGAAAGGUUACCUGUUCUUCACCGAGUGGAGUCUCCAGCCAUACAUCGGACGAAUGGCAUUGGAUGGCUCUCCAGAGCUAGCAGAUCCUGUAGUAAAGUUGGCUGAGAAUGAUCUCGGUUGGCCAAAUGCGCUCACCAUCGACUACUACUCUAACAGGCUGUUCUGGGGAGAUGCCCAUCUGAAUGAGAUCGGCUUCAUGGAUUUGGACGGCGGAGGUAGACGACAUAUACCUGCAAUGAGAACCAGUCAUGUAUCCAGCAUGGUGGUAUUCGACGACUACUUGUACUGGUCUGAUUGGAAUUUGCGCGAGGUUAUCCGCUGCGAUAAAUGGACCGGAAAGAAUGAGACGGUGCUGAAAAAGACAAUCCAGCUGCCUAAUGACCUUCGGGUAAUUCAUCCUCUGCGUCAGCCAGCGUAUCCAAAUCCAUGCGGUGCGAACAACGGCGGUUGCUCUCAUCUUUGCCUGAUUGGAGGUGGAGGAAAUGGCUACUCAUGCGCUUGUCCGGACCAGUUUGUCUUGCUUGGAGAUAAUAAGACAUGCGAGCCUAACUGCACGGAUCGCCAGUUUGCAUGUGGCGGCGACGAUGCUAAGUGCAUUCCUAAACUUUGGUACUGUGACGGAGAACUCGACUGCAGAGAUGGCAGCGACGAGCCAGGAAAGGACAUCUGCGGAGUCCGCAUAUGCCCAGUCGGCGAAUUCCAGUGUGCGAAUCAUAACUGCACAAGGCCAUUCCAACUUUGUGAUGGAAAUGAUGACUGUGGUGAUGGCUCUGAUGAACAAGAGUGCGAUAAACCAUGUGAUCCGUGGAUGUUCAAGUGCGCUGCAACUGGCAAAUGUAUUCCAAAGAGAUUCACGUGUGACGGAGAUGACGAUUGCGGUGAUAGGUCGGAUGAGGCUGAUACUCUUUGUAUGAGCCCCGAUCGCAACUGUACGGCUGAAGAGUUCCGUUGCAAUAACAACAAGUGUAUUGCGAAGGCAUGGCGUUGUGAUAAUGAUGAUGAUUGUGGAGAUGGUUCGGAUGAGACACCGGAUUGUGCACAGAUGGAUUGCCGAAGAGGGUGGACCAGAUGUGCCAGUUCCUAUAGAUGCAUACCUAACUGGGCGUUCUGCAACGGCCAGGACGACUGCCGCGACAACUCGGAUGAAAACAGAGAACGAUGCCCGACUUGUGACGACAUUGGAGAGUUCCGGUGUGCCACCACAGGUAAAUGUAUUCCACGACGAUGGAUGUGUGAUAGUGAGAACGACUGCGGUGAUAACUCUGAUGAAGUCGAUCCCAGCUGCGGUGGAACUAGUAGACCAUGCUCAGAAAGCGAAUUCCGCUGUAACGACGGCAAGUGCAUACCGGGCAGCAAGGUCUGUGACGGUACGGUGCAGUGCAGUGACGGAUUGGAUGAGUCGCAGUGUACCCUCCGGAAGUGUGCGUCAGGACACCGUCAGUGUGAUGAUGGAACUUGUAUUGUGGAACAUAAGUGGUGCGAUCGGCGCAAGGAUUGCCCGAAUGCAGCAGAUGAAACUAACUGUUCACAUGUGGAGCGCCGUCCUUGCUCACCGUUCGAGUUCGAAUGCGCAAAUUCCGUAUGCAUUCCACGCAAGUUCAUGUGCGAUGGAGAUAACGACUGUGGUGACAACUCAGACGAAACCUCGACCGAAUGUCGCUCUGCCCAGUGCGACCCACCUCUUCGAUUCCGUUGUGCUCAUUCAAGGCUUUGCCUUAAUAUUCUGCAGCUUUGUAAUGGUUUCAAUGACUGCGGUCCGAACGAUUAUUCUGAUGAACAUCUUUCGAUGUGCUCGAGCUUCUCCGAGUACGGCGACUGCACUUUGGAUCAAUUCAAAUGUGCAAAUGGAAAAUGUAUUAACGGAACGUUGGCUUGCGAUCGCAAUGACGACUGUGGUGAUGCUUCGGAUGAAAUAGGAUGUGCCAAGAAAAGCGGAAAAACUUGCGAAUCCCACAGUGAUAAUGGAGGAUGCAAACAUCUCUGCACAGAUGUGCGUGAAGGUUACUACUGUCACUGUCGCGACGGCUUCAAGCCAGAUCCUCAGAAUCCCUUUGACUGUGUGGACAUCGACGAAUGCGCUGGAAACAACACAUGUACCCAACUGUGCCUUAACACUAAAGGGUCAUAUUUAUGCAGAUGUCAUGAAGAUUACGAGAACAACGUCGUUGUUGGAGCAAUGACUGGAAAAGAUUGCAGAGCAAAAGGAGAUCCAGCUAAUAUUAUUGUUGCAUCUGACGACGAAUUGGUACAAGUUUCCUUGCACGGAGCUGGGGUGAAUAGACAUGCUACUGCACACGCGGAUGAAGAGGACAACGAUAUCAUCGCAAUUGCAUUUGAUCCAAGACGUGCCCUGCAAUUCUGGAUCGAUGGAAGCAACUAUGCAGUGUACAGGUCAUCUGAACCAAGCGGAAACCAAUCUCAUGUUGGGCAAAAGCUUGAUCUUGACUUUGAAUCAGCUGGCGUUACGCCAACUAACCUGGCUGUCGACUAUUUGACAGGCAAUAUCUUCAUUACAACGGUCGCAAAUAUCGAAACCCUUGGCAUGCCGGCAGCAAGAAAGAGACGAAUGAGCGAGCCGAUUCAUAAUACUAACACAGGAGGAGUUUAUGUGGCGCUCUCUGAUGGUCGAUAUCUGAAGAAAAUCAUUGGCGGUCAUCUACAAAUGCCUACGGCAAUAGUAACCUUACCAUCUAUCGGAAGGAUUUGCUAUGCUGAUGCUGGUCUACACGCAAAAAUCGAGUGUGCCGACAUGGACGGAACUCAUAGAGAAAUAAUCGUGAAAGACCUAGUUUUCUCGCCCUCUUCUAUGGCUGUCGACGAAGGCAAAGGCAAUCGCAUCUAUUGGGCGGAUCCGAAAUACCGAAAAGUGGACUCAGUGAAUCCAGACGGCUCUGACAGGCAGACUGUGGUUCGGGACAGAAAUACACCGUGGGCCAUCGAUGUCUUUGAAAAUCAUCUGUACUGGGUGUCGCGCGAUACGAAGACGCUCUACGUGCAGGACAAGUUCGGCCGAGGACGCGUGUCCGUGCUUGCAUCGAAUCUGGAGGAUGUACACGCUGUGAGAGUUAGUCAAAGAUAUGCUCGAGAUUCCACAAGGGCAAAAAGCUCGUGUUCGGAGGCACGAUGCAGCCACAUCUGCGUGCAGUUGCCCAAUGACGGUUUUGCCUGCCUCUGCCCCGAUAGUGCAUUCCCAGGGACUGAUGGUUCUUGUGGAUCUGCCCGUGUGGACGCACUCAUUAUGCCCAAGCAAUGUAAAUGCACGAACGGCGGCAAAUGUAGGUUAGAUGGAAGCUGUGAGUGCGCUCCCGACUUUGAAGGAGAAAAUUGCCAGAAGUCGAGUACUGUGAGCAGAAAGCUGAUUGGCCGAAUAUCCGAGAAUCUCCUCUUGGCAUUGUUCUUGUUGUUGGUGUUGUUUGCCUGCAUUGGAUUGGUUGCGUUCUUCGGUGUUAACUUGUAUAGGAAGCGGGUUCUUUUGUCCAAGAAGAACGAAGCAGCUGACAGCAGUGUGUCAUUCCAUGGAAAUGUGAUAUCAUUCAGUAACCCAGCUUUGGAAAAUAAACAGGAUCCCCACCCAAUCGAAUAUAACAUGCACCAAAUCAAUGCAGUUGAUGCGGGAUCAACAACAUUCUCAAAUCCUGUGUAUGAUCUUGAAACGGACGGUACAGAGAUGAUGACACUUGAGAACACACCAUCCACAUCGAGAGCAACGAGCUUUCACUCACAACGGACCGGUGAUGACGUAAUAGCUACGAACGCGGAGAUCACAAUGAAGCCCGCUGUUCCUCCGCGACCGAAUAAGGCCGAGAAGGACAAGAACAUUUUAGUUGAGAAUCCAGUGUUCGAAGUUCAUCCAGACGAAAUCUCGGAUGUAUAG